AUGGGUAUUUAAUGUUUUAAAUGCUAAAAUGAAGAAUAAUAAAUUAUCACUUAGAGUGAUGUUAAUCAUUAUAUUCAAUAGAAAAAUGUCUAAAACUAACAAAAAAAGGAUAACAAAGAACAAAUUAAUGAUAAUAUAAGUAUAUCUUAACAUUCAUAUUUUGGCCCUUCAAAAUAAUAGUAUGAAUGUUAAUGGAAUCCAAAUAUCUGUAUUGCUGCAAAGAAUGAUUCCAAUUUAGAGGCUUUUGAAGAAUCAUAAGUUUAGACUAAUCAAAAUAUUAGGCCAGCCAACCCAGAAUAAUAACGAUAACUUAUUUCCUUCAUAUACUCAGAUCAGACCAUUCCAACCAUGCUUCAAUUGUCGUAAGUAUCAGAAUAAUUAAUAAUGGGUAAAAUCUGCUAAAAUUAUAAACAUGAUUAAAAUCAUUAAACUAGAACUAAAUCAGAGAAUGUAAUUAAUAGAAGAUAAACUUAAGAAAGGAACUUUCUAGACUCUAAAAUUAUCAACAAAGAAUUGAAAAAGGAGAAAAAUAGAAUGCUUUCUAAUAAAAGUAUAAAAUAAAUUCAUCCAAAAUAAGUGCAAAAUAAAAAUUAGACACUUAAAAUUUUUAUUAAUGGUUAAGGGUUACACAAUAGUUCUGCUCCUUCUUCUUAACAAUCAAUUAGAUGUAAAUCAAUGCGCUCUACUCCAAAUAAAGUUAGACUUUUUAAGAUUUGA